GUUGUCUCAAAUAGUCUUCAUAUUCAAGUAAAGUUUGUUGAAGUUGGGCACAUUGAGUAACAGAGUUGCUAACCUUCCAUCUAUCUUUCUCUCUCCUCAUCUUCAGAAUCUUGGAACCAAAAGUAAAAAUUAUAAAAUCCUAAACAAAAGGUAAAGUUUAGAAAGGUGGGGAAAUUAGGGGGAAAAGUUACAUUUUUUCCCUUCCUUCUUUUUUCCAUACAAGAGAAGUUGAAGAAGUUGAAGAAGUUGAAUUCAAAGUUUCUAGUGUGAGAAAGUUAGAACUAAAAACUUUAAAAAAAAACUAAAAUUUACUUGUCCAUUACAAAAUUCUGAAAGUUCCCCCAUGAGAGAAAAGCAUAAACUAUACAGGAAAGUUGAGGUGGGCUGAGAACAAAAAAGAGGAGAGAGAAAAACAGCUCAUCUUCCUUUCUGGUUUCAUAUCUUUCCAGGGUUUUGAAGAAAGUGAUUUUUGUAUCUUCAAUUUCCCCUGCUUCAGAUGUGUAAAUCACAGCUCAGCAAAUAUAUAUAGCAAGUAAAUUACAGUAAUGUUAGCAAAAUGGGAAAGAAAGGAAGCUGGUUUUCAGCAAUUAAGAGGGUCUUUACACAUAGCUCUAAAGAGAAAGUAGCUGAUGGAACAGAGAAGAAAAGCUCAACAGAGAAGAAGAAGAAAGGGAGGGGAAAGCUAAAGCAUGGAGAUGGAAAUUCGUUUUUACCUUUUGCCAGAGAGCCAAGCAGCAUUGAGAAAAUACUUGGGGAGGUUGAGAGGGAGCAUCAUAUUACAAAUUAUGGGCCUCCGACUCCACCUGAGCAGCCAAAGGUGGCAGCUCCUCAUGUAACGCCUCCGCCUGUGAGAACUGCUCUUCCACCUGUUAGAACAGCAACUCCUCCUAAAACUGCUACUCCUGUAAGAGCGCCUAGCCCCCCAAAGGCUGCUUCCCCUCCAAGGGAAGCCGAUCAACUAACUCCACCUUCAAGGGAUGCCACAUUGACACAGCCAGCUCCCCCAAGAGCGCCUUCUCCCCCAGUGCGAAGGGUAGCUUCUCCUACGUGGGCUGCAACCCCUGUGAAUGUUGUGACUCCUGCUAGAGUUCCUUCUUCAAGGUUUGUUCAACUCCGGAGGCCAGAGGCAACGAUAAGGGAGCAGCAUGCAUGUGCUACUAAGAUCCAGGCAGCUUACAGAGGAUAUACUGCAAGGAAGAACUUUCGAGCUUUAAGAGGUUUGGUGAGGCUGCAAGGAGUAAUGAAAGGGCAUAGUGUGAAGCGGCAAACAGCAAAUGCAUUGAAAUGCAUGCAGAUGCUGGUUCGCGUACAAAACCAAAUUCAGUCACGGCGAAUUCAGAUGUUAGAAAAUCAGGUGCUACAGCGUCAGGCUGCAUAUAAGAAUGAGCAAGAUCUAGACAGCAGCUUUUCCAAGUGGAUGUCUGAGAACCAGGAUCAAUGGGAUGAUAGCACGCUGACUAAACAAGAAAUUGAGGCUAGAAUGAAGAGGAAGUAUGAUGCGAUUGUUAAGAGAGAAAGGGCAAUGGCCUAUGCAUAUUCCCACCAGUUGUGGAAAUCAUCUCCAAGAAACGCAAACGGAGCUUUAGCAGACUUUCGGUCAGGAGGAUAUCCCUACUGGUGGAACUGGUUAGAACAACGCCAAAUACCACCAUUGACACCUACAAACCCUUCACGAAUCCCUGCCGCAAAGAACUUUCUAGCAACUCCUACUAGAACAGCCACAGAGUUCAAGGCUAGCCCAGUUCCCCAUUCGAGCAACCUUGGAGGAUAUGGUAGUCUCGGGUUCGACAAUAUGGAUACUCCAACUCCAAGAUCCACCAGGUCAUCUGUAGCUCCAAGAUCAAGACAGAUGAGAACCCCUCCAAGUAGAUUUCAGCAGAAAUUUUCUAGAGGUAGUGCAGCAACAUCACCCUUUAAUGGGGGAACAUUCAAGGAUGAUGAUAGCCUCAUGAGCUGCCCACCUUUCUCAGUCCCGCGUUACAUGUCCCCUACCGUCUCUGCUAAGGCUAAAUUAAAAGACAGCUCGAUCCCGGACAGCCCGAGUAGUACCACUGGCGAGCCUAACAGACGGAUGUCGUUUCCUUUUACUCAAGGCGUUGGAUCUUUCAAGUGGAACAAAGGUAAAGAAACUAGUUCACCAAGUCCGAGUUUGUUAGGGAAGAACCAGUCAGUGCAAUCUAUAGGAAACAUGAGUGUUGAUUCUACAGCUUCUAUGCCUGCAUCUGUAGGAAGAAAGCCAUUUAACCGUUUUGUGUGAUUAUUUUGUUACUUUCUUCUUCUGUGUCUCUUAUUAGGCAAUUUAUUUUUUAUGUUUCAAUCUUUCUUCACGGUUUUUCGAAUUUUAUGUUUUUGUGUGCGCUUAUGUUUAAGGAGUUACAAUUGCUGAUGUAUACUAAUAAAGACGAUGUAGGAUGUGGUGGCUUGUAAUUAUUUUGAUUGUAAAAGGGUCGAUGAUACAAUUUUAAAUUACUAUUGUUUGGGAUG